ACCACGCCACCACCCCACCAGCUAGCUGCUGCCCAAGUCGUCCUAGAUUCCUCGCACACAUGAUGCCCUCCUCCUCCUCCGCCACACCCUGCGCUCCCCCCCUCGCCAAGCUCUUGUCCUCACAUACACCCCUGUGCUCGUUACACCGGCCGGCAUCGUCGCUUCCCCCUAGGAGGGGGCAACGUUAUAUUCCCUUGAGCAAGAGCAACUGAGAAAGAGUGUGGCCGGAGAGGGAGCAGCGAUCGCCGGGAAGGAAUGCUGGAGGGGAGCUACGGCGGCGGAGGCGACGGUGGGGCCAUGUCGCGGGACCCCAAGCCGCGGCUGCGGUGGACGCCGGAGCUCCACCAGCGCUUCGUCGAUGCCGUCGACAGGCUCGGCGGCCCGGACAAAGCGACGCCCAAGUCGGUGCUCAGAUUGAUGGGCAUGAAAGGCCUCACUCUGUACCAUCUGAAAAGCCACCUUCAGAAAUAUAGACUGGGAAGGCAGGGAAAGAAAAGCACAGGGCUGGAACUGAACGGCAGUGGAUUUGCCGCACAAGGCCUCAGUUUUCCUACUCCAACUCCUGUUCCAGGUGAUCCUAGUGAAGGAAAGAACACAGGAGAGAUGCCACUUGCUGAUGCACUAAAGUAUCAAAUUCAAGUCCAAAGAAAACUGCAAGAGCAACUUGAGGUGCAAAAGAAGCUGCAGAUGCGUAUUGAGGCCCAAGGGAAAUACUUAAAGGCAAUACUAGAGAAGGCUAAGAGAAACAUUCCCUUUGAUGCAAAUGCACCCAGUGACCACAUAGACACAACCAGAUCACAGCUCAUGGACUUCAACCUAGCUCUAUCAGGGUUCAUGGACAAUGCAACUCGAGUAUGCGAAGAAAGUAACGAGCAAUUGGUGAAAACUAUAUCUGAUGACAACCAUAAAGAUAAUUUAGGCUUUCAGCUCUACCAACUAGGAAGUCAGGAGGCUAAGGAAGGCAAAUGGACACCAAAAACUGAAGACUCGCUUCGACUAGACUUGAAUAUUAAAGGUGGAUAUGACCUCUCUUCUAGAGGAAUGCAAGCAUGUGAGCUAGAUUUGAAAAUCAACCAGUAGAUAAUAUAGAGAUUUGUUAAAGAAUCUGACAGUUUUGGGAAGUUAACUCUUUGAUAUUAGGUUAUUUC